AUGGGAACAAAAAAUACAACAGAGCUGACAGAGUUUGUUCUCACAGGACUUACACAUCAACCAGAGUGGCAAAUCCCCCGGUUUCUGCUGUUCUUGAUGAUAUACUUCAUGACCAUCACGGGAAACACUGGUUUGAUUGCUCUUAUCUGCAAUGACCCUCAACUUCACAUUCCCAUGUACUUUUUUCUUGGGAGUUUGGCCUUUGUGGAUACUUGGUUAUCAUCCACAGUGACCCCCAAGAUGCUAAUCAACUUCCUAGGGAAUAGUAAGAUGAUCUCUGUCUCUGAAUGCAUGGUACAGUUUUUUUCCUUUGCAAUCAGUGUAACCACAGAAUGUUUUUUACUGGCAACAAUGGCAUAUGAUCGCUAUGUAGCCAUUUGCAACCCGUUACUUUACCCAGUGAUUAUGACCAAUAGACUAUGCAUGCGACUAUUAGUCUUGUCAUUUGUAGGUGGCCUCCUUCAUGCCUUAAUUCAUACAGGUUUCUUAUUCAGAUUAACCUUUUGUAAUUCUAACAUAAUACACCACUUUUAUUGUGAUGUCAUGCCACUGAUUAAAAUUUCUUGUACUGAUCCUUCUAUUAAUGUUCUGAUGGUAUUUAUUUUCUCUGGUUCAAUUCAGGUGUUCACCAUUCUGACAGUUCUUGUCUCUUAUACACUUGUUCUCUUUACAAUAUUAAAAAAGAAGUCUGUACAAGGCAUAAGGAAGGCCUUCUCCACCUGUGGGGCCCACCUCCUAUCUGUCUCUUUAUACUAUGGGCCUCUUCUCUUCAUGUAUGUGCGCCCUGGAUCCGCACAAGGAGAUGAUCAAGAUAUGAUGGACUCUCUAUUUUACACUGUCAUAAUUCCUUUCUUAAAUCCAAUUAUCUACAGCCUGAGAAAUAAGCAAGUCAUAGAAACAGUCACAAAACUGUUAAAGAGAGAUGGUUAUAUCUCAUAG